AUGAAUUCCACGAACAAAGCAGUGUUCAGGAAGAGCUUUGAGGAGCAAAAGGCCAAAGAAAUGCAAGCACUGAAACGCAACCAGCCAGCUCGCAAUAGUUCCAGUCUCACUCUAUCAAAGGCCACCUCCUCGCCAGCCACUGCCAUCAGGGACGAAGUCAAGACUCGUGUUCUUCUUUCUACUCGAAGGCCUGCGGUUAGAAACCUGUGUGUUGGUGAAACUGGUCGUGUUCGAAAGCCAACGACACUUAAAGAGAUAGGCACUCUUUCCAAUGACCAUGUAACAAAGAUCGCCCCAAAGCCGGCUGCUCGAGGGGGAGAAGAGCGCCCUGCAGUGGAGGAAGCAGAGCGGCAAGCCCGCGAGUCGAUUUUCGUUCAAGCGAACGUUGUCACCGUCAAGGAAUUCAUAGACGCCCGGAAGGGAUCAGAGGCCUCGAAGCCUGCGAAGGUCCAAUCACUGCCGCCGCAUGCAGCUGAGAACACAGAAAAGGAGAUCUUACAGCCUGAAGGUACAUCCGCUCCAGAUGCUCUGACCCAGAAUCAUGCGAGGACCAAGCCCGCCUACGCUGGUACGGCCAGGCCCAGGUCCGCAGCACCCGCUGCCAAGGUCAACGACGGGCCGGAACAACGACGUGAAAGUGCGAGUGACGACUCUGAUGAUAGUGGCACUCGGCCCUUUGAAUUUGACGGCCGCCAAAAACAUGUCGUCGUUGAGAAGUCUGACAACGAAGACGGGGCACCGGCUCCAAAACGUCACUGUCCUGAAACUGCCGGCGCCCCAGUUAGUCGAGCUUGCAGCAAGUCACCUGAAGACGCCAUUCAUGAGCAGGGCAUCGUCCUUGGACCAAAGGCCAACCCUUGCAAGCGAAAGCGGGAUGAUGGUAAGGACGAGUUCGAGCACCAGCCGGACAACGAUCGCUCGCGAGCUCAUAAGCUCCAAAGAACUGAUUCCGGGUCUGACAAGGAGAACAAACGCAGCACAGCGAGUUCAACCAGGGGCCAGCCAGCUGUCAAGUCCCCCAAACGUCCAGCAGAGUCCACCUCAGCUGAGAAAGGUCUCGCGAAAGGAUCAUUCGCAGACUUGAUGGCACUAGCGGAAAAGGCGCAAGCAGAGAACGCCAAACAUUCCCAGCAGAUUGGCAUGAUCAGACACCGACCUACUGCUCGGCGGGUACUCUCCACAAGAAGCACAAAUGUCGGAAAGCGAGUCGCCAUACGCAAUGAAUCCAGCACAACCCGCAACGCGACACUCACCGAUGCACAGUUCGAGGCUCUCCGCUCAGCCGCGGAGACGGCUCAAAUGAAACUGGACGACGCCCUGGACCUCGCUAUAGACCCUCGACCGCGGAAACAUGUGCUCAAAAACCUCAUUGGCAAAACUUGUGAGGAGAAAGUUAGGAUAUCAAAGGACCGCGGAAAGUGGCACGGGAUAAUCCACGAUUUCAAGGAGGCCAGGAAGGCAAGGAAGAAUGCAGUCGCAGCAGUAGAAGCGAAAGCCCAAAUCUCCAACGACGAGAAGGAGCCACAGUCGAAGCGGUAG